UAAUUACCAAGUCUAAAAUUUUGCGGUGGCUGAUCGCCGACCUGCUGCAGCGCGGUCCAACAUGGCGGCGCCCUCGGACGACACGCAGACGAUGGCUCAAGAAACUGAAGAAAGCCAACAGCCUCAAACAUUUAAAGACUUGGGAAUCAUAGAUGAGUUGUGUGUUGCAUGUGAGCAUUUAGGAUGGAAAAGUCCAACAGCAAUUCAGAAAGAAGCCAUUCCUGUAGCACUGCAAGGGCGAGAUGUCAUAGGUCUUGCAGAAACAGGUUCAGGGAAGACAGGAGCAUUUGGACUUCCUGUGCUCCAGUCUUUGAUAUCACAACCACAGCGUCUUUUCUGCCUGGUCUUGACUCCUACCAGAGAAUUAGCAUUCCAGAUUAAAGAACAAUUUGAUGCCCUUGGAAAAGCCAUGGGUGUGACUUGUGUUGUGGUAGUAGGAGGUAUGGACAUGACACAACAAGCACUGGAGCUGGGUAAGCGACCACAUAUCAUCGUGGCCACCCCUGGCCGUCUUGUGGACCACUUAGAGAAGACGAAGGGUUUUAACCUGAAAGCACUGAAGUAUCUGGUGAUGGAUGAGGCUGACCGUAUCCUCAACAUGGACUUUGAGGAGGAAGUUGAUAAGAUCAUGAAACAGUUGUCACGAGAUAGGACGACAAUGCUGUUUUCAGCAACCAUGACAAGUAAAGUUAAUAAGCUACAACGAGCUCAUUUAAAGGAUCCAGUAAAGGUGGAAGUUUCAUCAAAAUAUCAGACAGUCAGUAAACUACAGCAAUCAAUGAUAUUUAUCCCCUGUAAGCACAAGCAUAUGUACCUUGCUUAUAUUUUAAGUGAAAUCGGCAAUCAGUCUGUCAUCAUAUUCUGUGCCACUCAACUCAAUACACUGAAAUCAGCACUCAUACUCCGCAACCUUGGCUUCACAGCCAUUCCAUUACACGGCAAAAUGACUCAGAACAAACGUCUGGGUGCCUUGAAUAAAUUUAAAGCCAAGGAGCGGUCUAUUCUUUUAGCUACAGAUGUGGCGUCAAGAGGACUUGACAUCCCAAGUGUUGAUUAUGUGAUCAACUUUGAUGUGCCAAUGCAUAGCAAAGAUUAUAUUCAUCGUGUUGGCAGAACGGCAAGAGCUGGAAGGUCUGGUAUUGCCAUAACUUUUGUGUCUCAGUACGAAGUGGAGGUCUACCAAAGAAUAGAGAAGUUACUAGGAUACAAGUUGGAUGUCUAUCCCACAGUCAAAGAGGAGGCUCUUGUACUGGAAGAGAGGAUUGCAGAAGCUGAAAGAUUUGCAAAGCUUGAAAUGGCUAGACUUCAUGAAAAGACAGGCAAGAAGGGAAAGAGGCGGGAUCAUGGUGAUGAUACUGAAGAGAGUCUUGGAGUCAGGAAUCGUAUCAACAAAAAGAAAAAGUUCAAGAAAUAGCCAGUUGGCGAAUAUUUGAAGCCCUUGAAUUGUUAUGAUAGAAGAUUAUUUGAAUAUGAAAUUUGCUAAUAUUUUUAUAUGUAUUAACUAAAACUGGCGGUUUGCUUAAAAAUACUGAAGAUGCAAUUUGUUUUUCUUUCUUUCUUUUUUUUUUUUCUUUCCAUCUUUCUUCUUACCAAGUCUUAAUCAUCAUUUUUUUUCCAUAUACCUUGCUUGAACCAUAGAUACCAAGCUCUCCAUUAACCCAAUGUCUGUGGGUUUAUGUACUUUCCCCUUUAGAUUUUUGUGAGUCCUGUUACAGACUGGUGGCUCCACAUGUGCUCAGCCACCAAGGCGUCUCUCAGUUGGCCCUAGUAACUGUGCCUGAUUUCCUCAUUCCUUGAAAACUGUGUUUUUCUUUCUAAUAAUAUUAAUAUUGACAUUAUCAUUCCUAUUGAUAUUAUGAUUAUUAAAUUGUUAUUAAAAUAUCAAUAACAUCAAAGACAAUAAGAUGAUAGAAAUGAAGCUUCCAAAAAAUCAAGGAAAAGGGUAACCCAUGCUAAUUGGAUUAACCAUGUCUCUUGGAUCUUGUUCACUAAUAUUCAUAAUAAAAUACAUUUUUACAAGAAUUGGCAUUCAAAGCCAGCUAGAAAAAAUGCUACAUCCACUAUGACUAUGCAAGUUUACUUUCAUUUUCAAAGUUGUCGGUUUUGUAGAUGAUCCAAGCUGCAAUCAUGAAGCUUUAAUUAUCUUUGAUUCAACUUUACCUUCUGAUAGCAGAUAUCAUAAAAUGAAUAUCAAUUUAAAUACAUUAGGUAGUACUCAGUUUACAACCAGUGUUUUCUGUAUAAAAAGAAAUAAUAAUUUUGUUGAUGCACAUUUAUACCAAUCAUUAUUUGUAUAUUACCUAUGUAGUUGUGUAUUAUUAAGUAAGACAAACAUUGCACUGCAUGUUGUUUUUAGACAAAGCAUUUUCCAAGCUCAUUAUGAAAGAAAAAGAUUAUCAAAAAUUUCAAAGAUUUAAGAAAGAUGUAAUAUUUCUUAAUUAUAGGAAAAGAUUCUUAGAACAAAAGUCUUAAGACAGAAGUAGAAUCUAAGGAUUUUUUUUUUUUUUUUUCAAUAUUUUCAGUAAAUUUCGGAAAUCGUCCA